CUCAUACUUUUUUUUCUCCACUUAAAUGGCAUCUUCUUCCCAUUACCAUUAUCAUUACAACAUAAAUGACGAUGCAGAUUUAGAAGUUCCGUUCGAGGAAUUUUUUACCAACAAUCCUAUUCCAGAACCAAAAGAGCGGAAAAAACGAAUUUUUAUCGAGAGAAACCGAGAAGAUGGCAACACCAUGCUUUGGAAUGAUUAUUUUAGCGAAACUCCUACAUACCCGCACAAUUUAUUCAGGCGACGUUUUCGAAUGAACAAGUCUUUGUUUUUGAGUAUUGUGCAUCGUCUCUCUACAGAAGUAGAGUAUUUUCGACCUACACAAGAUGCAGUCGGUAGGUCGAGUCUAUCUCCCCUCCAGAAAUGUACCGCAGCUAUUUGUCAAUUGGCGUAUGGUGGUGGAGCUGAUACAGUUGACGAAUAUGUACGACUUGGUGAAACAACAGCUGCUAAAUGUUUGCACCAUUUUACCGCCGCAAUAAUCCACUUGUUUGGCGAUCAAUACCUCAGACAACCCACACCGGAGGAUCUUCAAAGACUACUCCAAAUUGGUGAAGAACGUGGAUUUCCCGGGAUGGUUGGAAGCAUCGAUUGUAUGCAUUGGAAGUGGAAGAAUUGCCCCAGCACUUGGAAAGGAAUGUAUUCACGCGGAACCAGAAAACCAACAUUAGUGUUGGAGGCGGUUGCUUCAUAUGACCUCUGGAUAUGGCACGCUUUUUUUGGAGCUCCAGGUACCAUGAACGAUCUUAAUAUUCUUGAUCGAUCACCUGUUUUUGAUGACAUUAUUAACGGGAUAGCUCCGGAAGUAAACUUUUAUGUCAACGGAAGGGAGUACAAUUUGGCUUACUAUCUGACGGAUGGUAUUUAUCCAAAAUAGGCAACUUUUAUUCAAUCUAUCACACUACCACAGGGUCCCAAAAAUUCUUUAUUUGCUAAAAACAAGAAUCCGUUCAAAAAGAUGUUGAGCGUGCCUUUGGAGUCCUGCAAGCUAGGUUUGCCGUUGUUAGAAAUCCAUCUAAUUUAUGGGAUAAAAAAAUUAAAAAUAUUAUGAAAGCUUGUCUCAUACUUCAUAAUAUGAUUGUCGAAGAUGAACGGGAUUCAGACACUGUUGAAGAAUUUCAAGAUGAAAAAUUUACAUUUACCGUAAAAAAGUCUACAAAACAACCUAUUGUGGAUGGUCGUCGCGAAGAAGUUAAGGAUCCACAUAUUCAUCACCAAUUAAAACAAGAUUUGAUUGAAAAUAUAUGGGAAAUGUUUGGACAUCUUGAAAAUUAGAUAUGAUGUUUUAGUUUUUAUGAAUUCAAUAAAAUGUUGGUUUCCUUAAUAUUUCUUCUUUGUAAUUUUUUUCCUUUUUCCAAGUUUCUAUUAUUUUCCUGUUUUUUAUUUUAAUGUUUAAUAUUAAUUUUAAAUAAAUAUUUUGAAAAAAAAAAUCCUUAAGAUACAACUACAAGUCCUAGCAAUAAUGUAUUCAUUUUGAUGUGUCUCUACACUUUGUCUCUUAACAUCAUUAUAUUAC